AUGGCGGCUACAUACAGCAAGAAGACAAACUCGGACCUCAUGGAGAUGCUCAAGGCGCGAGGACUUCCUCACACCGGAAAGAAAGCUGAUAUGGUCGCGCGACUCGUCGAAGCAGACAAAGCCGCAUCGGAUGACACCAGCGCCACGGUCGCCUCGCCACCCUCCCCUGCACCCAAAGCCGACGCAGCUGACGACGUUAUCGACUGGGACGACGACACAACAGCAAUAGAACCAGUGGCAUCAACCAAGGAAACUGCCGCAAAAAGUACUGACGCGAAAGACGCCAAAGAAGCUGCAGCGGGCGGCAAGGGAGUUGUUCCAAACCCGACUGCAGUGCCGAACCAGAAGGUUGAUACCGACCCUUCGACUACGCAUGACCUAACAGUUAAGCGUCCGGGUGACAAGGAGGAUGGUGAGAAGAAGGAAGCCGGUGCGGAACCUGUAGGCGAGAAAGAAGAAGCUGGUGCAGACAAAACCGAAACGGCAGAGAAGAAACCCGAAGAAAAGAGUUAUAGCAUGGGGCUUGCUACUACAGAUCUCGAUUCUGAGCUUGAGAAACGCAGAAAGCGAGCUGAGAAGUUUGGUAUUGUGGAUGAUACAGCCUCGAAAGAAGCCCAAAAGGCGGUGGAGAGAGCAAAGAGAUUUGGGACCGCGAACAACGACAACACAUCGUCCGGCGUGAAGGGAUUGGACGAGGCGCUGCCAGAACGAUCGAGGAAGAGAGGCCAUGGCGAAGAUGGCGACCACUAUCAGCGUGGUGGAAAACGCAGAGACUUCUCCGGACGUGGACGGGGACGGGGACGUGGUGGGCACGAUUAUCGUCGCCGCAACGGUGGUGGUUCGAAUAACAACAGAGCGGAUAAUUGGCGCGAAGCAGACCGCAGUGCAAUGGAAAGAAGAAAGGCUCGGUUCGGUUGA